AAAAAUGGAUCUCUUGGUUUUCGAUGCAAAACGCAAUGGAAAUCAUCGACACGUGGCGGGUAGAGUUCCUGUAGCUCUGAAUAAGGAAGAUCUCGAAGAAGUUUUAGGUUUCAGGAGGAUUGAUGCAUUUUUGAAUGGUGGACUUGUCGAGAUAUUUGAUGAGACAGCUUCACGAAUUAUCCAUGAAAUGUCUGGAAUUGGCCAGUGGUUGAAGGAUGAGAGGAAAGAGAGUCGAGGUGUCAGUAGAUCAUGCUUCAGUCAAAGUUGCGGGGAGCCAAAUGGAAAGCUCAAUGAGCAAGCUGCCAAUGAGUGGGCGGAACUCUCCCCAAUCGCUCGUACACUCGUUUUGACACCAAUUGAAACUGCACUUUUAUCGAUUGAUUGGAAAAUUAUCAACGUGGUUAAAAAUGGAAAAAUCAGCUUGUCAGACGAAGAAAUUUGGACGGAAAUGAGAAAUUUAUACGAUAAUCCAAAAGAAUUCGGAAAAGUGUUUUCAGUUUUUCGAUUUCUUAAAAUGAAUGGAUGGAUUGUGACCAGUGGACACACUUUUGGUUGUGAUUAUUUGAUCUACUGCCUUGGCGCCGAGUUCUAUCAUUCUUCGGCGGGAGUUCUCAUCGCUGACGUCAUCGAUCCUCGCCGGCUUCUAACUCUCACGCGAAUCUUGUCACACAAUAAAAAAGCAUUGAUAGUGGCUACUACAACAUCAGAAGUUGAAUGUUUUGAGGAUGCGAAUGCGGUUGAUGUGAAGAUUUCUACAAUGAAGACCUAUUUUCUGGAGAGAGAUGUCGCACAAAUGUCGAAUCGGUGUAACGAGGUGUACGAGCUGAAUACAGUCGAUUAAUUGUUGAUUUUUUGCGAUUUUGGGUCCUGACACGAUUCAGAUACUGUACCCGUUUGUUUUUUCAAUAAACUUU